CACAACCUCUCGUGCCCAUUCAUCGCUCUUCUUACCGCCAGUAAUGCUUAAUACUUGCGUGCGCGCCGCCGCAAGACACUAUCCCGCCUCUUUCAAUCCACAAUACAACGCGCGACGCUCAUGUUGUCGAGAACGCGCCGCAGACGAGCGAGUCCCGAGCACGAAUGCCACCCUCCAUGAGCGCGCCCAGCAAUGAGACUCCGAACCUCACCAAGGAUGACUUGUCUGACGAUGCCAUCGAACUCCUCUACGACAUCGUGCGCCGCGCGCAAUCCACGCCCGACCGCUCCUCACGCGCCCUCUUCAAUGCCUACGAAGAAGUCCUCGGCGAUCAUGGCCUUGGGCCUGAAGACGACAGCGUGCUGCACCGCUUCCUGUUCCGCAUGCAGAAGGAUAGGAAGAGAGAGGAGAGCCUGGUGCAGAGGUUUAGGCGCGUGCUUGGCGAGAUUGGAAUCCAAGUCGAGUGCGACUCGGAGGGGGAGGGCAUUGAAGUCACCACUGGCUUUGGGGAUUCGACGCGUGAUGGGCCGUCUGGAGCGCAGAAUCCGCUGGGAAGACAUGAGAGAAGAGGAAGCUUUGAUUCUUUUUUCGACGGGAGCGCGGAUAAGGUGGCUGGCCCGGAUAUUGGACAAGAGUUGCCUUUGCGCUCACGUCGAGGCUCUCGGGAUGCGAAUGGAAGCAGAUGGACGACGCGGCGGUCACGAUCGGAUACGGAAGCACAGUCGUAUUCGCACGCCCAGCUUCCCAUUCACGCCAGGGUGAGUGGAUACGGGAAUCGUCGAACAGCCUCCGAACAACACAGGCCGAGCCACCGACGGAGCGGCUCUGUAUCCAGUCGCGGCAGUCUCCAGAUACGCAGGGAUGGACAGACAGGGACUUCACAGUUCAGGGACUACGACGCGGACGAUAGCGAGCACACGGAGCGAACGGCAGAUAUCGAUCUGUCUCAUAUCCAGAUACCAGGGGUCAACGCGCCUAUUCCAGACAUGGCGCACGAAGCAGCACAGCAACACGUACCGGAACCAUACCGACCGUCGGACACACGCUUGAUGGACGAUGCUGAGGCAUUCGAGCAACAGCGCCUACACACUCUUGCAAGAGCAUGUAUGCAGAAAUGGCGAGAUCGGACAAGAGAUCAAAUCGAAAGAGAGGCGGAUAUGAACCGCAGAGCGGUGGCAUUUGAUCGGAGGGGUCUGCUCAAACCGGCGCUGGACACUCUGCGAGUCGAAAUGCACAAUAGACGAACGAACCGAGAGACGGAACGCUUUUUUGGGCGCCUCGAAAGACGCGCAGAGAAAGCCAGGAACUUGUUCUUACUCACAAAAGCCUUCACGCACUGGGCUAAGAGCGCUGAAGACGAAGUCCAGCGGACGUCGGUCGCACGCCGACAUAUCCUACGCACAAGAUUCUUCAACGGCUGGCGCGAGAUCACUGCUGUCAAUGAGCUCAAAAUUCAACACUUCGUACUUGGGAAGUUUCUCGACAAGUGGCGCAGACGCACUGCUGCAAUCAAGGAGAAAGAAUAUCUCUCCAUGCAGUUGUACGAAGACGAUUUGGCGCGUAGGGUUUUCAAGCACUGGUUCUUCAAGUUUUGCGAUAUUGCGGCACCAGCGUGGCAUAAUGUCCGCUUGAAGAGAAUCACAUACGAGAAGUGGCAUGAGAUUGCCACCAUUUUGAGGGACAGGGAGAGUUGGGCAACUGAUCGAAGGGAUCGCGAGCUUCUGCGGAAAGCAGUGCAGACAUGGAGAGAAAGGACAGCGAUUGUUCAGUCUCUUGAGCCUCAAGCUGAGGAGUUUCGACGACGCGCACUGCUUACUAACGCCUUGUCCACCCUUCGGAAGGAAGCCCAGCUUGCGCCUCUCGUCGGACAAUUUCGAGCAAGAGUCGAUACCCGGAUAGCGCGGUCCGUUCAUCAAACAUGGCAUCGGAGCACCCAGCUCUCUCGCCAAGCACGAAAUGUCGACCAGAUGCGCAUCUUGCGCAACGCAUGGACAGCCUGGAAUGACCGUCUCCGCAUCAAGGCGCUCGAGGAGCGUAUCAACGACCGUGUGCUGGUCGAGACAAUGUAUAGAUGGACCCUCGCAUCUAGAGUCUCUCUCUUUCAGCGCGUCCACGACCGCAACCUGAAGGAGUCCGUCCUCCUCACCUGGGUCACAAGGACGAACGAGCAGCGCAAUACUCUCGAAAGCGCCGAGAGACGGUUCGCCCAGUUUAAGCGCGAGCAGCUGCUGCGCACCUGCCUGGGGAAGAUCGAGACUGCGACCGCCGAAAGAAGAGCUGAGGAAUUCGCGGUAGUCGCAGAAUACGAGCAGAAACUGAAGCAGAGAGUUUUUGACAAGCUAUUGGAUAAGCACGAUCACUUCCAGCAGUUGAACAAAUGGGCUGGAGAUGCGCGUUUUUACGUGCUCACCACGCAUGCGCUCAACAGUUGGAACCAGGCGACCCAGCAUGCACGGAGGAACCGAAGGCGGGAGGUGUAUGCGCAUGUGCGACGGACGAUCAAGAUGAAUCUCGUACGCAAAGCAUUCGGGGUCUGGAAAGAGAAAGCGAAUGAGAUUGCGCAGAAGAACCGACAAGCUCAAGAGAGGGUUCAGAACCGCACAGGCAUCAACGCGACGAUUCUGUUCACGCACUGGCAUGACCGAACUACGACUGUACGCGGCCUCGGAACCCGCGCCAUUCAAUCCCACUCUACGAAACUGCAAGUCCGCUAUCUACAAAGCUGGACUCAGCGCCUCCGCACCUUACAAACAAUGUCCACUAAAGCGCUCGCGCUCCGUCAGGAAAGCACCGAGCUCGCAGCAGCGUCAGCCCUCAAGAAACUCGGCUGGCGCUUGUGGAACAUUCAAAGACAAGAAGAGAACGCUCUCGCCCUACACCAAAGGAACUUUGAAAAGCAUCUAAGAGCCAUGAUCCGUUUUUGGUACGAGCAGACCGCGGAACGGAUGACGAAUCGGCCUGUUUCCCCUACUCCGACAAGCCGAUCAAGACCUGGGCGACGAGAUAGCGAAGAUGAGGGUGGAGGCGACGAUGGUGGGGACGAGGGGGAGGACUUGGAUGCAACAGAGCAGCAUCCAGACUUCGACGACGACGCCGGCGACGACACCCGCCGCCUAGAAGCAUGGACAGCCUUCGACACGAACCUCGACCUCUCUCUAUCCCUCUCGCCGCAGCCUGCUUCCCGACUCCCUCCUCCACCCCCACCGUCGUCCAUCCCGCGCUCCCUCCCAACACGCCCACAAACCUUCCCUCAGCCACAGUCCAUCCUUCGGCCCCCACCAGCCCCUAUCCCCGAAGACCUCACCCUCGACGACCCAGCGCAAUUCUGGACAUCUACGCCGAUGCCCCCCCCAACGACAGUCGGUAGACCGGGGUAUCUCAAGACGCCGAGUAAGCGGAGUGUGGUGCGAGGGAAGAGGCCUGAACUGCCUCCCAGCCCGGAGAAGCGUGGUGGCGUGGGUGUCGGGUUGAUAGAGAGGGAGAGGGCAAUGGGCGUCAUGAGCGCGCCGCCUGCUGCUGCGAGAUUGAGGGACGCUGAUAGGGCUGGUGGCGUGGGUGGUGUGACGAGCUUCGAGAGGAGGUUGAGAGAGGGCGGGUUUGGUAGUAGUAUGGCGAGAGGGACUGGAAGGAGUGCCGCAGGAGGAAGCGGAGGCGGAAGAGGAAGAGGGAAGGGCAGAGUCGGUUUUGGCGAUGUGAGUCACUUUGGAUAGAAAGAGGAACGAGAGGAACCGGGAAAGUGUGCUUAGCGGGCGCGUUACGGUGUUGUGAUUGUUGGAUAGCUAGGUUUUCAGGAUACGAUACCC